UAUAUGUAUGCAUAAAAUCCAGCAUUUCUUCAUUUUUCUAUAUCUUCUCGGAUCCCAUCGACCCUCCGAAGUCAUCUCUCACUGAUUUUUCAACCUUUGCGGAUUUGAAUCUUUGCUUGAGGGUUAGGGUUUUGAGAGAUGGGGCAACAGUCUUUGAUCUACAGCUUCGUGGCGCGUGGAACUGUGAUACUCGCCGAGUACACCGAGUUCACCGGUAAUUUCACCGGUAUCGCCGCUCAAUGUCUCCAGAAACUCCCUGCUUCUAACAACAAGUUCACCUAUACCUGCGAUGGCCAUACCUUCAAUUACCUCGUUGAAGAUGGAUUCACCUACUGUGUAGUUGCUGUUGAAUCUGCUGGCAGGCAAGUUCCAAUUGCAUUUCUGGAAAGAGUUAAGGAAGACUUCAACAAGAGAUAUGGUGGAGGAAAGGCUGCAACUGCUACGGCCAAAAGUCUGAAUAGAGAAUUUGGGUCCAAAUUGAAAGAGCAUAUGCAGUACUGUGUGGACCAUCCUGAAGAAAUCAGCAAACUUGCUAAAGUGAAGGCUCAGGUUUCUGAAGUCAAGGGUGUUAUGAUGGAAAACAUCGAGAAGGUCCUUGACCGUGGUGAGAAGAUUGAGUUGCUGGUGGAUAAAACUGAGAACCUUCGCUCACAGGCCCAAGAUUUUAGGCAGCAGGGAACAAAUAUGAGAAGAAAGAUGUGGCUUCAGAAUAUGAAGAUAAAAUUGAUCGUUCUGGGUAUCCUGAUUGCCUUGAUUCUUAUCAUUGUGCUGUCUGUCUGCCAUGGCUUCAAUUGUUAAAAUCUGUCUUGGAUUUCCCUUGUUCUGCUUUUUGCUGCCUUGCUGACUGGAGUCUCGAUAGAUUGGUUUGUUUUACUUUGUUGUUUUAGGUCGCAUAUUUCUCCCUUCGCUUGCCAUAUAGUAGGAUAGAGGGAGACUUUGUAUCUUGGUUGAUUGUAUAGGUUAUAGUUCCAUUGAAGGAUUUCUUCUCUCAUGUUGUAAUGGAGAAAUACUUGGAUGCCUGCAUAUCCGUUCCCCCCCCCCCUCUUUCUUUUGAAAUGUUAUUGACUUGGUUGUUUUGACUUGUUA